AUGGACUUCGUCAAGAACCUUGCUGGAGGCAACAGCAACAACAAUAACCACAACAACGCAGCCUCUUCUGCUGACCAGCCUGAGAAGAAGGAGUCUGGCGGCUUCAUGGACAAGAUCAACGGCAUGGCUGGCGGUGGGCGUGAGAGCGAGAAGCAGGAAGACGGCCUUGACAAGGCUGUCGACUUCGUCCAAGAAAAGUUCCUCGGUCAAGGUCCUCAAGACAACGAGAGCGCUGCUGAGCAGGCCAAAGACGAACAGAUCAGCGACUUCAUCCGUGGCCAGUACAAGAACACCACCGGCAAGGAUAUCCCCAUAGAGGACAAGGACAAGAAGUACGGCCUGUAA